UCCACUGGCGUUCUAGUACACAGGUCCGCCAUGGCUCGAGCAGCCCUCUUGGUUUUCGCGGUCCUCGUCGCCAUCGUGGCAGUGCAAGCGGCCGUGCUGAAGGUCGGUCCGCCAACCGCGAAGACCUCGGUCGAUGCGUCGGCGGCGGCGGAGGCUGCGCGCCGCGAGCGCCUGGUGGACGAGAUCCGGCGGCAGCAGGAGCUGCUCGAGCUGUCGGCCGACCACCUGGGUGACGACACCGAGGAACACCGGUUCCGCCGACUCCUCGAGAAGUUCGUGUACGCGCUUAACGUGCGCACUAUCAUCGGCGCCAUGCGCGACACGAUUACCGGAGAAAUCACACCUGCCCACAUAAUCGCAAAGACUAAUGAAGUCCUCGGUGAGGCAUCAUCGCUGGCCGUCGGAAUCGUCCAAUUCCUGAAAAACAUGGGACCUCUGACCUUCAAUAUAUUUAUGCACAGAAUUUUGACUGGCGAAGAAGCAUAAUUAGGAAGCGCAACGAAAGUGGUAAUCUGCACCUUCUACCGGAACGACAAGACCAUGUGUAAAUAAUCGCACUGAUGUGUAUGAAUGAGAACAAUACAAGGGAAUGCACAGAGGUGGUUCGAUAA